AUGGAAAAUGAAGCCGAACAAUUGAGCGAUGCGACCGCCGAGAAGCGCCGCAAUAUACGAAAGCGCGCCCAGCAAUGGAUGACCAAGGGAGCUUUGCUACACGAAGAUUCCGACGACGAGCUGGGCACCGAGGACCACCCGUGGGAAUGGAUUUACGAUGUCGAUGCUUCGGACGCGAGACAGGAAGCGGAAUUGAACAAGAAAACAAGCACAACGAAAUCGCGACGGCGGGCAUCACGAUCUGGCAAGGCUGGUCCGACAAUUGUGGGCGCACGAAUGAGUACCUUUGAGUGCAGGUUGGGCGACGUUGUGCUUCUCAAGUCGCCUGAACCCGGCAAAGACUGGGUCGGUAUUAUCACAGAAUUUCUGGAGGUGGAGGAUGAGGAUGAAUCUGGAGAGAUGAUCAAGUCGGUCAACAUCAUGUGGUUCGCAUCACCAGAUGAGUUCAUGUCAACCAGGAACAAGCGAAGAACAGAUGCGCUUCCCAAUGAGCAAUACCUAACGGCUGACUUUAACGUCAACCCUGUCACAUCCAUCAAUGGCAAAGCGACUGUCAUGUCAAAAGAUGCGUUCUAUGCCAAAUAUCCAGGCGGCAUACCCCCCAAAAAUAACGCCCAGCGUGCCGAAUUCAACAAAUGCAUUAUCUGCCGUCGAGGGGUUAAUCAAGCACAAGGUCGAUACACCGAAGAGUUUAAUUGGGAGCAGGUCUAUGGAGACCGCAAUAUCUACAACUUGAUCGCCAUGGUAAAGGAGGGGUUAAAAGCCGCGCGCAAACGAAAGACAACAGAUGACGAUUAUACCGAACCAAAACAGGAGCCUGUCGCGCCAAGUACGCCCAGAAAGCGCCAGAAGAUGACUGCAACAAAUGCAACACCAAAGACACAGCGGAAGAAGACGCUGACAACACCUUCAAAUAAACGGAUUAUCGUGAAAAAGCCACUCGAGUUCACCCCACUAGGGACUCGCGUUCUUGAGCCAUCUCAUUUUGCAUCUCCCUACCGGCAAGCACGUACACUACUACACGUCUCGGCUGUUCCAGAAUCUCUUCCCUGUCGCAAAACCGAGUUCAAUACUGUCUAUAAUCAUCUAAGCGCGGCGAUCAUGGAAGGCACAGGGGCGUGUAUCUACAUUUCAGGGACUCCGGGCACCGGCAAAACUGCAACAGUACGUGAAGUUGUGGCGCAACUGAACGCGGCUGUGCUCGCUGAAGAGAUGGACGAUUUCAUAUUUGUUGAAAUCAACGGCAUGAAAGUGACCGACCCGCAUCAGUCUUAUUCACUGCUAUGGGAAGCACUGAAGGGCGACAGGGUCUCACCUUCGCACGCACUUGACCUUCUCGAACAGGAGUUCUCUCAUCCGUCGCCUCGCAGAGUCUCUUGCGUAGUGCUGAUGGACGAAUUGGAUCAACUAGUGACCAAGAACCAAUCGGUGAUGUACAAUUUCUUCAAUUGGCCGGCACUGCGUCACUCACGUCUCAUUGUUUUGGCUGUUGCCAACACAAUGGAUCUGCCCGAGCGAACCCUCAGCAACAAAAUCUCGAGUCGUCUCGGUCUUACCCGAAUCACUUUCCCAGGAUACCGUCAUACCGAUCUAAUGGAGAUUAUCAGUACCCGUCUGGCUAAUGUUCCUGGUAACAUCGUUGACCCGGAUGCUGUACAAUUUGCUAGUCGAAAGGUUGCAGCCGUCAGUGGUGAUGCGCGUCGUGCGCUCGAUAUUUGUCGCCGCGCAGUGGAAAUCGCCGAGCAAGAAGCGGAUGAAGCUGCCAAUGCAGCUGCAGCAAACAAUGAUGAUAUCGACGAGAUGCCGGCAACCCCGAGCAAGACGCCCGCGAGACAAAAGAAGGCGCUCGAGGGGAAGCCAGCAGCCGAUACCCAGCUUGCCAAGCCCGCUCCUGCAAAGAGUCGGCCGGGUCGAGUGACCAUUUCUACGAUCAAGCAAGCUAUCCAAGAAGCCACAUCAACGCCUCUACAACAAUCCCUGCGCUGUCUGCCUCUUUCCGGCAAGCUUUUCCUCGCCGCAUUACUAGCACGGGUGCACCGCACCGGAAUCACCGAGUCUACCUUCGGCGACGUCUUGGAUGAGGCACGCCGUAUGGCAGACGCAGCCGUCGCCGUUGCAGGCGUGGCUGGUGUCGGUGUAAAGGAGUACUUGCUUGGAGGCGGUGCGGCUUCUAGGGUGCGUGCUUUAGGCUUCGCUGCCAUGGAACUCAUGAAUUCCGGUGUACUUGCGUUGGAGCAAGGGUCCAGCACCAAGAAUGUGAUAGGUGGCUCCACGAUCCCGACUCGUGGUGACCGGAGCAGCAAGAUCAGGCUUCGCGUGGCGCCGGAGGAUGUCAAGUUGGCUUUUCGCGAAGAUGUGGAGGCUCGGAGUUUGGGUAUUGGAAUUGAGCAAUAG